AACGACGCCGCUUCCACUUUUCCCUCAUCCCUUGCUUCUCACUCCCGCAACUAACAAAUGGCGCCAAAAGCUGUAACCGUCACUUCUCCGGCAGCUUUUCCGGCAACUUUUCCCGCCGUUUUUGUUCUUUUACUACUUUUUGCUCCUUCUGCCACUGCGCAUGACUACUCCGAUGCUCUCCGGAAGUGCAUUUUGUUCUUCGAAGGUCAGCGUUCCGGUAAACUUCCGGCGGAUCAACGCGUUAAGUGGCGAAGUCAUUCCGCAUUGCACGACGGAGCUUCCGCCGGAGUCGACUUAACCGGAGGAUACUACGACGCCGGUGACAACAUCAAGUUCGGUUUUCCAAUGGCAUUCACAACAACAAUGCUAGCCUGGAGCGUGAUAGAUUUCGAAAAAACAAUGGGAUCUGAGGUCGGAAACGCAGUUAGGGCAGUUAAAUGGGGAACUGAUUACUUACUAAAAGCAACGGCAACAGACGGCGUCGUUUAUGUUCAAGUAGGAGACGCUAUUUCGGACCAUAACUGUUGGGAGAGGCCGGAGGAUAUGGAUACGUUGCGAACGGCGUAUAAGAUUGAUCGGAACCACCCUGGAUCUGACGUGGCAGGGGAGACUGCUGCUGCGUUGGCAGCUGCUUCCAUUGUUUUCCGGUCACGUGACCCUGCUUACUCUCGCAUCCUUCUCAACCGUGCUGUGAAGGUCUUCCGGUUUGCUGACACAUACAGAGGUGCAUAUAGCAAUUAUUUGCACUCUGUUGUUUGCCCGUUUUACUGUGACAACAAUGGUUAUCAGGAUGAAUUGCUAUGGGCAGCAGCUUGGUUACACAAGGCAUCAAGAAGACGGCAAUACAGAGAGUACAUAAUAAGAAAUGAGGUCAUCUUAAGGGCAGGUGACACCAUUAAUGAAUUUGGAUGGGAUAACAAACAUGCAGGCAUCAAUGUUCUCAUUUCAAAGGAAGUGUUAAUGGGAAAAUCUCCUGAUCUAAAAUCAUUUCAAAACAAUGCUGAUGCAUUUAUCUGUUCAUUAUGUCCCGGAACGCCUCACCUUGAAGUUCAAUACUCACCAGGUGGAUUGAUAUUUAAAGCUGGAGGAAGUAACAUGCAACAUGUAACUUCACUAUCUUUCCUAUUGUUGGCCUAUUCUAACUAUCUUAGCCAUGCCAAUCAUGUGGUGACAUGUGGCGGUAAAUCAGCUUCCCCUGCUCUUCUCAAAAACUUGGCCCGACGUCAGGUGAACUAUAUACUUGGGGAUAAUCCGAUGAAAAUGUCUUACAUGGUAGGAUACGGGGCCCGUUACCCACAACGGAUUCACCACAGGGGCAGUUCAUUACCCUCGGUUAGAGCCCAUCCAGCUCACAUAGGCUGCAAGGCCGGGUCCCGUUACUUCCUAAGCCCAGAUCCAAACCCAAACGUAUUGGUCGGAGCUGUGGUCGGUGGGCCCAACACCACCGAUGCAUUUCCCGACUCUAGACCCUUCUUUCAAGAAUCAGAGCCCACAACGUAUAUAAACGCACCGUUGGUGGGACUAUUGGCCUUUUUUGCAGCCCACCCUUGAUUUUAUAGUGGUGCUCUGACUCGUAGUGGUGCGCAAAAAGGUCACCCUAACUUGUUUAGUUUCGUUACCCAUAUAACCCGCUAUUAUUAAUCAUAUUUUCCAAUAUGGAAAAGUUGCAAUUGUAUCUACUUGUUAUUGAAUCUAUGAUUUCCGACAUGGUGGCAUCUCAUAUUCUCUUUUUGUUGUUAAACUAUGGUAAUUAAGGAAGCAUUGUCUAUGUAAACCUUUACUGUUUAGUUAAACAUGUUAUGUUCGGAUUUAA